AAUUCGGUAUGCUACUCUCUUAUCUUCUUCUUCUUUUUCUUUUUAAAGAAAGAAAGAUUCAUUUUACUGCUCCUAUUUUCAUUGAUCUUUUCUGCUGUUCUUGUUUCUCUUUUGCCCUCAAACUGUUAACUAAUCGUUCACAAUCAGAAAUACUUGCAUUUUUUUGUUUUAAUGUUAUUUUGGUAUCACUGGUUCUUAAAAUUCGUGGAUUUGUUUAGAAAUUCCUUUGUUGAAUUAAUAUAUAAUUACUCUAAUUUCUGCUUUAAAGUUAUUGCACCGUGUUUAAAUCCGUAAAUUUUUUUUUUCAGUUCUUGUUCGUUCUUGUGCUGUUUACAUUUUACGUUGUUUACUUGUCAAUGAUGGAGUUCUGUUUGUUGCCAAUUGCUUUUUCCCCAAAUAUUAUGUAGAAUAUUUCCUUUUUUAGUUGAACUUUCAUGGCUCUUUUCAAUUUUAUUAUAUUUCAUUUUCUAUUGCAAACGAUUAGUUCCUUCACCUAUGUUACUUUUCUUUCAAUUAAUCCUUAUUUAAUGCCAAUUUUCUUGAAUCUUGCCAGUGAAGGAAAACAAAAAAAUGUAAGUUUAGAUAACUCUUUGGUGGCUGGACUCUUCUUUCUAGUUUCAGACUCGUAAACAUUCCCCCAUCAAUAUAUUUCUUCCAGACUAUAAUUGGAAUGCAGCAUUACCAAAGUUCUUGGAUUUUUCUCCAGCCAGUGUCUUUACUGUCUUGCACAUUUUCUCUUAACUUCUGAUACCAUUCCAGUGUCUUCGCUUUCUUGACCAAACCAACCAGAAGCUUGUUCAACCAACCACUGUGCAGAAAUUUUCUUGUUCAACCAACCACUAUGUGCAGAAAUUUGCUUGUUUAACCUCACACUUUGCUUUUGUUUCUUAAAACAAUUAGAUUUAUUUGUUCGAUUCUUGUAUUACGAUAUUACUUUCCCCUGUUUAUGCAGCAUUUGCAAUUACAAAGAAUAUUGUCAAAGAUGCACUUUUUUCCUAUUAUUUCUUUUGGUGUAAGUCUUCUUUUAUUUCCCUGCUUUUAAGAAAUUAAAGUUAAUGUGUAUUUGUUUUAAUUCAGGUUGGAAUGGGAAUAUAUCUCAGUACUCCCAAAACUGAAAAGUUUUCUGAAGAUGGUGAAAAUGACCGUCUUCGAUAUGGUUUAUCAUCCAUGCAAGGGUGGCGUGCAUCAAUGGAAGAUGCUCAUGCUGCAUAUACUGAUCUGGAUGAGUCAACUUCAUUUUUUGGUGUAUAUGAUGGUCAUGGAGGUAAGGUGGUUGCAAAGUUUUGUGCGAAGUUUCUUCACCAACAGGUCCUCAAAAGUGAAGAAUACUUAGUUGGAGAUAUAGGAACCGCCCUUCAGAAAGCAUUUUUAAGAAUGGAUGAGAUGAUGCGUGGUCAAAGGGGAUGGAGGGAGUUAUCAGUCUUGGGGGAUAAGUUUAACAAGUUUACUGGGAUGAUAGAAGGGUUGAUUUGGUCUCCACGAAGCAGUGAUGGUAAUUUCCAAGUUGAUGAUUGGGCUUUUGAGGAGGGGCCUCACUCUGAUUUUGCUGGACCUACUUCGGGAAGCACUGCCUGUGUUGCUGUUAUUAGAAACAACCAACUUGUUGUUGCAAAUGCUGGUGAUUCACGUUGUGUAAUAUCUCGGAAGGGUCAGGCAUACAAUUUGUCUAGAGACCACAAACCUGAUCUUGAGAUUGAGAAGGAGAGAAUAGUAAAAGCUGGUGGUUUUAUUCAUGCAGGACGCGUUAAUGGAAGUUUAAAUCUUGCAAGAGCUAUUGGUGACAUGGAAUUUAAGCAGAAUAAGUUUCUUUCUGCUGAAAAACAAAUAGUAACUGCCAAUCCAGACAUAAACACUGUUGAGCUGUGUGAUGAAGAUGAAUUUGUGGUGUUAGCUUGUGAUGGGAUAUGGGAUUGCAUGUCAAGUCAACAAUUGGUAGAUUUUGUUCAUGAACUAUUGCGCUCGGAAACGAAACUUUCUGUAGUGUGCGAAAGAGUACUGGACCGGUGUUUGGCACCAUCAACUGCUAAUGGGGAGGGAUGUGAUAACAUGACCAUGAUCUUGGUGCAGUUCAAAAAAACUGCUCAAUCCAGUGCACCAGCAGAAGAGCAAUCCUCUGAAUCUGAUACAACACUUGAGAGAAGUGAAAGUUAGUAUGAUUAACAGAUCAAAUAUGUACUAUAUAUUAUAUAUAUGUAGUGUGCACCAGUGGUUAGAAUGCGUCUGAAUGGUUAUUACUUAUUAUCCUUUCAUCUCACAUUAUAUACACAACAGUUGUUCUGAUUAUCGUAAGAAUAUCAGUUUUCUCCCGUUUCUUGU